UCCCUUCUUUAGGCGAGUCUUUAUCACAUUUUCUGGAUGUUUUAAGACUUUUAAUCUCCGUCAGCGUGUCAUUGGCGGUCUGAACGUGGUAGACAUGAGUAUGCUGGGAAUGAAUAGCGAUCAGCUGCAUCGCUCUACACUGACGAUUUACUCGAGCCUGAUGGAUCAGUUCAACCCAAGCCUACAAAAACUGAUCUUACUGGGCGAUAGCUACAUCCAAGCUUUUCAGGCUCUUGCUGUAACCAGUGAAGCCUACUUUAAUGCCAUCGCUAAGAUUGGAGAGCAGGCCUUUCGUACCAUGUCCUCACAAUCAAUAGGGGACGUGCUGGUUCAGCUCUCAGCGCACCAGAGGAAGCUGACCAUGGAGCUGGAGGGAGUUUUCCACUGGUUCCACAGGGAAGUUCUGCAGGAGAUGGACAAUAACAUCCGACUGGACAAAGACUAUUUAUCAAGCAGCAGGAGGCGCUAUGAGAUGGAGGUGCGCACCCAGGCUACAGCUCUGGAGAGACAGUUAAGGAGAGGCGUUAACCAGGAUGGCAGUGAGUAUGUGAGGUUCCUCAGGGAGAGUCAUGGUGAAGCCCUGAAGGAGGAGGAGAGGAGAUAUCGCUUCCUGGCUGAGAAACACUGCAGCCUCACACAGUCCAUAGUCCAACUCAUUAAUAAGACAGGGGACGGUCUCCAGCUGAAAGCUGAUGUCUGGAGAGAGGCGGUGAACGCUACCAGAAGGCCAGAGACCACAGGAGUCUUUGGGCUGGACAACACGGUGGGUGUUAGGGAGCGGGAACAGGAGAGGGGCAGAGAGGAGCAGCCCCUUGGAAGAGUGCCAUCUAGAGCCCCGUCUCCCCAGGGGAGCCGUUCUCGCUCCAACUCCAUAGCCGGUGGCGGGGCGGUUGGUAGAUCCAUGAGGGCGCUGGCGGCCCACCAGCCUGCCACUUCCAGUCCCACCGUGUUAUCCUUCUCUCGAGGGGAGACAAUCACCAUACUGGUCUCCCAGCCCAGGAAUGGCUGGCUAUAUGGACAAGCUGAGAACAGCUCGCGUCAGGGAUGGUUUCCAGCCACCUUUGUGGAAGCAUUUGAUGAUAUUCCUAAACCAAACAGCUUCAGUUUCUCCACUCUUCAAAGGAACAGCAGCGCGAGUGACCUGCUGGACCAGCCAGGAGGGAACUGGAACAGCAGAGGACCUCCUGGUCCCCCUCCGCUGCCAUCGCUGUCAUACAGCAAUAAGAUGGAGAAACGACCAGUCACACCCACAAUUGACAGAAAGGCAGAGUCGAAUGCAGACAAGAGAUCAGAGUCGUAUGGAUCCCGACCAGAGCUCUUCCCAAAGGGUACCAAUCCAUUUGCCACGGUUAAACUGAGGCCCACGUCCACCAAUGACAGGUCGGCGCCCCGUCUACAUCGCUCGUGACAUUAUGACAUCGUGACGCUGACACCUCGCGGCCCGCUUCCAUGCUGAAUACCGUGAUACUGCUCAACCCGUCAUCUCUCUGUUUGCUAAUGGGGUCCUUAGUUAGUUUUUGUUUUUUUGUAGAUUUGUACAGAGAUGUGGGGAAAAAAGAGGACAUGAUCAGGAAAGAAUGGUCUAGUAGUGUGGUACUCACUCCCUGAUUACAGCUCUGGCCUGUAUUUAUACUUUAAGAUCCAAAUAUCUCAGUAUUCAUAGAGAGGAAUACAUGAGAAACCAACUUUAUAAUUCUAGCAGUGCACUAUUGGGCAUUUGAUGUUGUUAUCCUUGUUGAUUCAUAGAUAUGUUGUAGUCUUAACUGCAUGGUAUCAGUGGUUUUGUAAUGUCAGCAGGCAUUACCAGACAAGCUGUUCAUUGGUGGCGGGUGGGCGAGUUCUCCGAACGGGAAGCACGUGAGAUUACCACAAGACAUUUUUACAUUGAAGCGAGUCCCACCUUGAGAACACAUUCGUAUUCUGAGUCAUUUUCUGGAUUAUUCUCACAAACUAGUUCCUCCAUGCCUAUUUUAAAAGGUUUAGCUGGUCACAGAGCAUCACUGUCCUCUUAAGACACACGUCUGGGAAUUAAUAUGUAAAUCAGUCAACAGCCAUGCCUGCUGUCCACAACAUGCACAGGAUGUAAGCACAGGAAGCCAGGCUGGCAAAAAGACAAUCCUGAAUGUCAAAUGCACAUACGCGACGGACACUUCGUUCUCAUAUAUUAAUGUAUGUACCUCUUUAUGUUAUUGGGUUUUUUUCUCUUGCAUGUUUUGUAAGGUGUCAUUUGAAUAAAGCUAAUCAAG